UGAGAAGAGAACCACUGCUGAGCCCCCGAUCGAACCAGCUGCUGAUUGGUCGAAGAUACCUUGAUUCGCGGUUCUCUUACACGGACCUAAUGUCCAGGGUCCAGGGUCGCAAGCGGUCAAGGCUUGCAUGCAAGACAUGUCGAGAGCUCAAGCGCAAGUGCGACGGCGCUGAGCCGUGCGGGACAUGCGUGCGCUUCGAAUAUGACUGUACCUAUCGAGGAACCAUUGGAAAGAAGAGAAAGGCGAGGGAUAACUUCACGCGGGAUCGGGAGCCCGAAAGUUCGCCGUCAACGUCGCCAAGGACACAGCCUUCGGCCAGGGAUACCACACCGGCGGCGGUGACUACACACCGUCAAAUUCGCUCCUUAGAGGCAAAUUCUGGACCAGCUUUCCUCAGAAGGUUGGCGCUGAGGUUGAACCCAAAAGAUGCUCCUCGACUUCAUACCUUCGCAUGGAACGCCUUCCUCGGAGCACGCAGAACCGGGUUUGCGCCCGUGUCCCAGCCCCUCACAGAGAUGUUGUCUGAAACCGACAUGCGCAAUCUAGUCGCAGUUUACUUUACCAAGAUUGAUCCAAUUUACGGCUUUAUCAACCGGCAAGAGAUCGAUGAGCAAAUUGAGUGCAGAUGGGCGGGCCAGAGUUCCAAUGAGAUGCACGACGCAAUUCUAUGCGGUAUAGCAGCUCUUGGGUGCCUCUACUCUCAGGUACAGCCGAUGGCUGUUGAGCUUAAUUUGAUCGAAUCCGCAAGACACAUGCUAGAGCAGAAACUAUCCGAGAUUCCAUCUACGGCCAGCGUCACAGCAUGGGUACUUCGGGUCAUGUACUUGAGAUUUGCCGAGACCCACCAUACGGCGUGGAUGGCAAGCUGUAUACUCAUGCAUAUGGUCGAAGCAGCCGGUCUGCAUUGUGAGCCGUCAGCUGGGUCUGUUCUCCCGUCACCACAGGAGGAGGUGGACGCGGAACUCCGAAGACGACUGGUAGCUAUAUCGCAGCAUCUCAACAUCUGGUCGUCUUUCGACAUGGGGCGCUCAAGGGUUACGCUAUGCAAUGCUACAGCAAUAAUGCCAUCUGAAAGACCUGGCGAUUACACGGCCGAGUUGAUGGGACUUCUUCCAUACUCCGCCAUGCUCGAUCCCGAAAAGGCACCUGAUGCAUACGAACUAGAAACUACCCUUACUGCAGUGAUCGAACGUGUUCACUCAAUCCCACCGUCGGUGCUUGGGCAAGUAAACUUGGCUCUUUGCUUAUGCCGUCGGCUGCAGGCAAUGGACAAGUCAUUCACUGGGACGGUCCUCGAACAGGUACUCACACUCGCUUCGAAAGGGAUCCAGGCCGCUCAAGCAAUCCUGGAUGAUAGGGCUCCUUGGCAUCACAUGGCAAAUGUACCCUUUCAGAUCGUCUGCCAGUUGCUUGCAAUAGACAACAACGCGUCUGUAUCUCGACUUAGAGAUGCAAUGCAAUGUCUCAGCAAUGUGGCUCAAGUCUACAAUACGGAUGCAGCCCGAGAGGCGUUGAAAACAGCUUCUUUGCUGAUACUGUUGCAUAAAAAGUGGAAGGAAAAGUGUGCUUCUAAUCUUGGUGACAUUCUAGAGCAGUUUCCAAUUGUUCAGUCUCAAGAUGCUGAAGAUGUGCCUGAAGCCGAGCAGCCGGACAACAUCAUGUGGUUGAAUAGCUUGGCGGAGGAUUUAUCCACGCUCCCAUUUUUUGAUAUCAACGAGCUUUUCGUUCCGGAAUUUUUCAGGGAUGAUCACAGCCAGACCCAAAAGUUAGGUUAAUGAGUUUAGGGUCAACUCUUCAAAAGACAAUCAGCCAACUCACUAGUUUUGGGUCAGCUCAGAAAAGAAACCUUCAUGUCUCGUAUUCUACUCUGAUUUAAUGCAAACAUCGACGUGGACCGAAAACUGAUUAUACGUAAGGAGGC